UAAAAAUCCAACUUUUUUCACCACUUCUAACAAACUUAUGGAUGUAAAUAUAGAAAUUAAGCCAAGCUAUCAAACAAAAAACCACCAAAAGUGAUUGGACUUGAUUACAAUCCGCUAAAAACGAGUAGAAGUCUGAUGGUACGAACCUGCUUCUUGAGGUCAUCCAGAGGUUUCUCCACCUUAUCCCAGUCUCGCCCCUCUGGAGCCUUCCUCUUCGCCAGGAUCUCAUCGAUCUGCUUCUGCAGAUCUCCAUUCUCCUUCUCCAGCUGCCUCACCCUGCCCAGGUACCCGGACAGCCUGUCGUUCAGACCCCGCAGCGUCUGCUUGUCGUCCCCGGGGGCUGCGGGCUGAGCGGCGGGGGCGGGAGCCGGGGCCGCGGCGGGUUUGGCUUUAGCGGCGGCGGGUGCGGAGUCUUUCUCGGUCUCGUUGCGCAGCACGUUGCGCAGACCCUCCAGGCUGGCCACGGAGACCCUGGAGCCCCUUCCUCCGGCUCCACCGAACAUGCUGGCGGACGUGUUUGAAGGCAUGACUGCUGGAUGGAUGAAGAGCGAGAAGGUGAAGAAGAGAAGAGAGUCACCUGAUGGAUGAGAGUGCGCGCACAGGUGGGUUUUAUACCUGCUGUUUCCGCUUGAAUCCUCCCCAAAGAUGCCAUUGGCUCCCUCUGCCCACCACCACUCCUGGUGAAACAGGUCUCCAGCUGAAAUUCAAGUUUUUCAUGUUGACUUCAGUGUUUUUCUCGCUGUCAUAUCUCACCUGUCUUCUUCUCAUUGGACAGGUGCAGAGUUGUGGGGAGGUGACGGUGGUCCUCGUCCUCCUUAAAAGCAGCUGAAGAAGGAGAGUUGGAGGUACCUCCACCGCUCUCCAGGUCGGCUUUCAGGUGUAUCUACUCACGAUACAAGGCAGCAGGAUGUCUAAGGCGAAAGAUUACAGCAGUCAGUCCUACACACCCGGGUCUACGGGACCCACCAAGAGCCAGCCCACCAACAACAACAAGGUCCCGGACGGAACCGGGAAGUCCAGGGAGAAGGACGACAUGGUGGGACUGAACGACAAGUUCGUCCGGCUCAUUGAUAAGGUAUGUAUUCAAUUACAUAUCAUUAUUAUUAAUGUAGCAGCCGUAUUAUGAUGAUAAUGGUUGUGGUAGCUUGUCCUAGUUUAAGCGAUGGAGUGCCUCUGUAGGGGAGAGUGGGGUAAGUUGAGCCACUCCCUGUUGCUUGUAAAUGGUAAAAGAAAUUGAUCAUGUGACCAAAUAUUUAGGAGAUGGGCAUCAAUUCAUGGAGUCUGUGAAGGUUAGAAGCACAUGGGUGAAGGGGUUUGACAUUUAUUUACAAAAAAACAUUUAAAAGUUGUUUUAUACAUCGAUUGUGGUUUCUAUGAGCAACAACAUGAGGUCAAAAACCAACAUAAAAGUCCACCAUUUUAGCUUAGAGGACUAAUAAAGUCAUAAUAGUAGUCGUAGUAGAUAAAAAUACACAUGAAUGUGAAGAAGUGACUGUUAUUCAGGGAGAGAGAAGGUGAAGGAGGUGAGGGUUUGGUCAUCUUACACCAUACAUGGGGUAAGUUGACCAUAGGAGACCACUUAUAAAGACAGUUCUGUUUACACUUAUUCUGUUGGUUUACACUAGUAAGAGACUAAACUAUGAUUAACUUGAUGUAGUGAUCUGAAAUAUGAAAAAUGGCUCGCCUUACCCCACUCUCCCCUGUGUGUUUUCUUGUCAUUAAUAUACGAAUAAAUUAAAGUUUAUGUAAAUAAAAUGAGGUGAAAGUUACAUUUAAAUAUCAGUUUCAGAUUCAGACAACUUUGUUUAUCCCCUAAGGGCAAUUCCGUUCGCAGUUACCCUGCCGUUUGAUCCAUCCUAACAUGCAAAUCAGCAGACGAACAAACCAGACAAGUGCAAGAGAUUCAUAGCAGCCAGUAGACAACCACAUUCCCUUGUCAGUACUCACAGAUCAGCAGUUUGUACUUUUUGUGGUUAUUUAUGACAUUAUCCUGUUAAUCAGCCAAUCUUAAAAAGGUCCUGCACAGUGAGGCCAAAAAACAUGAAAAAAAUCAGUGACUGGGGUAAAUGAGGGUCUAAUAAUACUCAGAACGUUAAGAUUUGGAUUUUCUUUUCAUUGUUAUUUUAUUAUUUCAUUAUGGCUUUUAAAUCACUCCUAAAAACACAACUUUUUAAAUGGGCUUUUAACCUGUGAACUGUUCUUUUAUUGUUUUCUCAUAUUGUGUCUUUUUUUUUUAACCUUUUAAAUCGUUGGUUUUAUUUCUCAAAAUUUUCUGUAUUUUAAAUUGUGUUUUUUUUUUUAAAUAUUUUAUUUCCUCUUUUUCUUUGUAAGGCGUCUUUGAGUGCCUGUAAAAGCGCGUUAUAGAUAAAAUUUAUUAUUAGUAUUAUUAUUAUUAUUAUAACUUUUCAUGUCUGGAUUGAUUGAGCAGGUUUUUAAAACCUUAAAAUACAAUAAUAAUAACUUUCAUUUGUUUAAAACUUAUAAAAACAAGGAUUUACAAAGUUUAUUGACAUUUUGCAUGAAUAAAUUUAUAAUAGGAAAAACCCAACAACAAUAAAAAAAACAGCCAAACAAUUAAAAAACCCUGAGGACUCAUUUAGGAAUCAUAUACACCUGAAGAAACACAGAAAUCUGAAUCUCUUCUGUCAUUUUUCCAGUUUUCUUUGCAGCUCUCAUUUUGACAUUGUCGCCCACUCAUUCGAACCAGUGCAAACAUUUUAUAACCAGCUGUAAAUGUCGGCCUACAUCAAUAUUUACGACUAGAUCAAAGUUAAAACACAGGGCUCUGGAGAGGAUAAAACCUGUUUUCAGUCCUGGAGGACGGAUUAGAGAGGCCUCUGACGCCUGUCAUGAAUUCUGUGUCUGGAGGCCACGGAAAGUGAGUCACUCUGCCGACUUCACCAUCUUCAAAGAGAGAUGGACCUGCAUGAAGGACGCCAUCUUGUGGAGAAUUAUGUGAAUUUCAGCCUCGAGUCAUGGAUCUGUGGAAAUGUUUUCUGUUUUUUUUUUAGGUGAAGAACCUGGAGGACGAGAACAAAAAGCUGGACACAAAGCUGAAGAUCCUCAAAGAGCAGGAGGACUACGACGGGAGGAUCGACGACAUCGUGAAGCAGCUGGAGAGCGAGAUGGGGCAGCAGAUCGAGAACUUGCUGCGCGACCGCGAGAAGCUGCAGGACGAGCUGCAGAGGAAGCAGGACGAGGUGGAGGACACCAAGAAGAAGUCAGUGGAAUGAAGAACCAGCAGACCUUUGUAGUUUCUACAUCUGUUCUCAGUUUUUUUUAGACGUUUCUUCUUGGUUUCAGGUACGAAGAUGAGAUGCUGAAGAAAGCUGAUCUGGAGAACGAGUUUAUCCUCACCAAGAAGGUACUUGAAGCUGCUGAUUUCUUCUUCUUUAAUUCUCAUGUCUGUGGAAACUCAGUUUGUGUGUUUAAUGUGUCUCUAACAGGAUGUGGAUGAAGGUCACCUGGAGGCGGUGGACCUGGUUCUGGAGCUGGAAGACCAGAUGGGAAAACUGGACUUCCUCAGGGUCGGCUAUGACGAGGUAACGAUGGCGUUUGUGUGAUUUUGUUUUUCUUGUCUUCUUCAUUGUUACAAAUAUUUGAUGAACCCAUGUGCGCCCCCUGCAGGAGAUCAAGGAGCUUGAGUCUCAGGUGCAAAAUGAAACCGUGGUCCUCCGUGACGACAGCAAACGCUCCCUCGACAUGGACGAGAUCGUGGAGAGCGUGAAGAACCAGUACGCCAACAUGGCCACCCGCACCAGGGAGGAAGCCGAGCAUUGGAACCAGAAGAAGGUGAGGAGAAGCUCCAUUUGGAGCCAGAUUCUCAUGAUUAAUCUGGACUUUUUAAAAAUGUUUCUACCUUCUCCUCUCUUUAAGAUGGACGCCCUGGUCCUCAACGCCGGACAGCGUGAGCAAGAAGUGCGUGAUUUAAGGAGGGACAUCUCGGACAUGGUGCGCCUCAUUCAGAGGCUAAAUGGAGACCUGGAGGCUCUUCAAAGAAAGGUCUGGAUCAAACUUUGAAACCAGGUUUUUCUUCCUACAACCUCCUGACCCUCUUCGUUUUUCUUUGACUCAUCAGGAGGAGGCCCUGAAGAAGGAAAUCAACGACAUGAGGACAGAAGGAGACGCCAGUCUAGACAAGGCCCGAGAGGACAUCGCCCAGCUGGAGGAGGCGCUGAGGCGAGCCAAGCAGGACUUGGCCGGACAGAUCCGGGAACACCAGGAGCUGAUGAACCUGAAGCUGGCCCUGGACAUCGAGAUCGCCACGUACCGCAAGCUGCUGGAGGGCGAGGAGCAGAGGUAAAGAUAAUCUUCAUAUAAGAUUCAGCCAGUGUAGCGGACUUUUAAGAGACUCUCACGUCAUCUGCAAGUUUACUCUUAAUUAAUACUUGUGCUAAUUACGGUCUCUUUUCCAUGUCUCUGCAGAAUGAGGGAACUCAUGCGCACCGCAGGUGAGAUAUUCACAGCCUAAGAACUUGGCAAAUGCAGCCGACCUUGGUUGCUUUGUGGUGCAUUUCACAUUUUCCGUGCAUGCUGGGUAAUAAAUAUUUAAAAGUCAAAUAAUAAAGUAUUUCAAAAGAAAAACAGCAACGCAUCAGAAGAGUCUAAACCAUCAGUCAGGCACUGUGUCCCUUAAAUAUUUCAUUAUUAUAUCAUUAUUUAUUUAUUAUUAUUAUUAUUAUUUAUUAUUAUUAUUAUUAUUAUUAUAUCAUUAUUUAUUAUUAUUAUUAUUAGUAUUAUAUCAUUAUUUAUUAUUAUUAUUAUUAUUAUUAUUAUUAUUAUUAUUAUUAUAUCAUUAUUUAUUUAUUUAUUUAUUGUUGUUAUUAUUAUUAUUAUUUAUUUAUGUAUUUAUAUUGAUAUUUCAUUUGAAUACAGGCUAAUACUCAAGUAAAACAUGAAGAAGUAGGAAAAAAGUUAAAAUUUAAGAUUUACAACAAGUAGCACCUUUUAAACAUAUUUUAUGUGUAUUUAAAAAUGAGGGUUUUUUACCCUUUAUGAAUAAGAUUAAAAUUCAUAUUUUUGUUUUUUUUAUGGAUUUUUUGUUGCCUGAAACCAAGGCGAAAGGUUUCUGAAAAACCUCUAAUAUUACAAACUCUGCUUAAAAUAUUCACAAUAAAUGAUGAUAAAUUUGACUGUCAAAAGUCAGCAGGAUAAUUAUUUAUCAAAAGGAACACCUUAAAGAAUGAAGUGGGCAAGAAAAGUAAAGACUGCUUUGUCCACAGGGGGCGCCACAGUCGACACAAACUAAAAGUUUCUAACAGGAGCUUUAAUAUUAAUAUGAAAUCUGAAACUUGAACUAAAACCAGCAUGUUUCACAAUGAUUCCUGUCAUGUGUCACACUAAAAUCAAACCUCUUUUCCGCUCAGAUUUCUAAAACCAAACCAAUCCAAGUCCUUACUUGCACGCAGACGUUCACCUGCCGUUGAAGCCGCGCCUGCCGCAGAAGCUGCCAGCCCCCGAACACACCGCCGUCACAGAAAAAAACGAUGUCCCGCCAGACGCCACCACCAUGCCAGCGUAUCCCGCUCCCAAGAAACGAGUGCUGAUCCGAGUGGAAGUGGAGUCAGGCAGAGUUGUGUCUGAAAGUUCCCACUACUCUGAGGAUUAACAGUCUGUCUCCUCAGUCUCUUUUGAGCCACAUCCAAAAAAAUGUGAAUUUAAAUCAGCAAAAUCACGACUUUCAAGUGACAAAAUCUGCAAUAAUCGAAGUUUUCUCUGAUUUCUGGAAGGGUGAGCAAUCAAAACAGCCUCUCCUCAGGUUUAACAUUUUCAUUUUCAAAAAUCUGAACUUGAAAUUAAAUCGACUGCAUUCAUGUCAGGCAGUGUUUUUAAAGAUUUUUCAUCUUUGUUUGCAUUUACCCAGACUUGCGGUGUUUCUGUUACCAUCAGUGUGUAUUUUUCAUAUUGUUUCUGUCAUACUUUUAUCUGAUGUUUUGUGUGUGAAUAAAAAAAAAACUCAGAUAAAAGAGUAAAAAAGCUUACAGAUGAAGUUAAAAAAAGGGAAAGUGUGAGUUUGAUCAGGUGGUAAAGCAACUUUUCAGAGUGGAAAUGUUCAUUUGCAAGCCUAAAAUGCUGGAAUUGUCCUUUUUAUCCUCGUGUUUCUGCACCUUUUACCUCAGACAAAGUAAAGCUUUGAGAAAUCAUAAGCUGUGAGAUUUUACUGUGACUGUGACGAACAAUGGAACAACGGAUAAAUAAAGCGACAUGAGCAAA